UGGCGAUCAAUUAUACUUCUAAAUGAAGUUUAGAAUUCAUUUGCUUCUUAGUUAUUGGAUAAUUUUUCAUAAAAAUUAUGACAUUGCCGUUGCGAAUCCUCUGUUUGGACGAAAUGUUAGACAAAUCAGAUACGGAGAAUUUCAAUAUGUUGCGUCGCUAAUGCAUCGCAUAUCUCAAUAUCGUAUUGGUUGGAAUACUUAUCAUAUUUGUACAGUGGCGCUUAUAACAAGAAGACACAUUUUAACAGCUGCACAUUGCUUUGACAAUGUAUCUCCAAAUUCAACUCAAAUAGUUAUUGGAGCUCCUUAUUUAACACAUGGUAGAGUGUAUUACCCUUUGUGGUUCAUUACAUACAGUAUAUGGUCGGGCAGAAAUGUAUUGCACGAAGCUCGAAUUAAUGACGUUGGUGUAUCAAAGCUAACGGCGUUGGUGGACGAUAGUAUUGAGCCAGUGCCUAUUUCAACAUUAACGAAUGAUGAAUUAUAUGAAUUAGAAGUAGAUGUGGCAGGAUGGGGAUUGUUUGAAAGUAAUCGCGGCUCUCUUGUUAUGCGUACUGCCAAGUUAAAUGUCAUGACGAAUGAACUAUGCCAAAGAAAAAUUCGGAGGCUUACUAGAUCGAGAUUUCAAUUACAUCCAAGGCUACUGUGUACUGCGGCACGACCAUAUAUAUUAUUGGGAUCAGGUGACAGUGGCGGGCCACUCAUAUACUCCAAUAUGAUCGUUGGUAUUAACAAAGCAACAAUGCCAACACAUCACCUGAUACUUGAUUCGCAAAAAGUUAACCUUCAUGUUGGUAUUCAUUAUUUUCUAGAGUUUAUUUUCGAAACUGUACAGGAUAGUUUCCAAUGGUCAUAA